GCGCGAGGCUCCACACAUACAGAGCCGGGGAGGGACCAGUGAGACAGCAAAACCACCGCUAAAGCUCACCCAGUGGAAUGGAUUAAGUCUUCUGCCAUCGUUCUUUAGACGUCGCCUCACGCUUUUACAACACUGUGCGUCUGAUAAAAGGUUUUUUCUUUUCUUCUCUUUGAGUGAAUUUAGUAGCUAAAACGACAAGUCUGUGUUUAGCUAGCCGGUGAUGGAGACUGGCAGCUAGCUAGCCGACGUUGCUGCUCUGUGUCAGGCUAGUAACUUAAUAACGCUCGUCAAACAAGGUUGCUGUGCAGAUUAGUGCUUUUGAUGCAAGUGGUUUCGCCCCUCAAUUUUGCUUCAUUUUUUAGCGACUACAAAUGUGUUAGUUUGUGCGUAAAAGGUAAAAACAAAUAUCCGGCUAAGUACAAGUGGAGACCUCAUCAGCUGACGUUAACUCGCUAGCUCCUCAGCAAGCAGCUUCUAGCUUCCACCAGAGAAGGCUGGGUCGCGCAUGAUCGGCUGUAAAUAUUCUGAUAUUCAAAGAGAACCAUUUGAUACUUGGUUCAAAUCUUUAUUUUUGAUCGUGCUGUCUGUCGAUCGUAGCUUUGCCAAAACGGCGGCGUUAACGAACUGCAACCUUAUUGCAUACUAUCAAAGACCAACUACCCCCCGGAUUCUCUCAAAAUGCACCAUCCGGACCCUGCAGGAGAAUCCGGCAGUGUUAGAAAGAUGGCGCACCCGGCUGUCUUUCACAGGAGGGGUAGCAACCCAGGCACCGGGAGCGGCUCCACGCUGUCAACACCGGCUAACUCCGUGAUCAGUAACAGCCACGUUCAAACUGAUGAUUAUCAGUCCUCUCUGGUGAUUCAGUGCCAGCCUCCUGGUGGGUCACCCUCCCCGGCUUCCAGUCAUCCUCCACCCCACAGUCUGAAUCUACAACCCCAGCCCACGCAGUCAGCUGGAGCUCAAAUGAAAAAGAAGAGUGGUUUCCAGAUCACAAGUGUGACUCCAGCUCAGAUAUCUGUGAGUACCAACAACAGUAUUGCAGAGGACACAGAAAGCUAUGAUGAUCUGGAUGAAUCUCAUACAGAGGAUCUGUCAUCUUCUGAAAUUCUGGACGUGUCCCUUUCUCGAGCAAAUGACAUAGUUGGAGCAGAGAGAAGCUCAUCUGAGGAGACAUUGAAUAACUUUCAUGAUGCAGAAACUCCUGGAGCUGUCUCCCCCAACCAGCCUUCACACCCUCAUUCCAUGAGCCAGGCUCCUCAGCAUGGUGGGACCAUGGUUAAUGGGAUUAUGCACCAUCACCCUGAACAACAUCACCAACCCCAGGUCUACCGUGCCCCAUCUGGACCUGGGAAUGCCUCAUCAGUAGUCACCUCUGGAGCUUUAUCUUACAUUACCCAGAAAAUGCCUUCUAAUGUGGGAGCCCUGUCAGAGAAUGUUGCUCAAGCUGCGCCUCCAAGUAAUAAUAUCGCCCAGCCUGUAGGUAUUGUGGUCCCUGCAUCUGUCCCUGGAAUGCACAGCUCUGUUGCAGGCACUAACGUUAACAUAGCUAAUCCCCAGACCAGCAGUGUUAGUAAUGUGAAUAUAUUGAGCUCUGCCAAUGUGCCUGUGAGGGGGGGUAUCACCACGAGUGCUAGCAGUAGCAGUGGUGGGUUUCCUGUCAGUGUGAUAAGCAGCAAUGUGGGGAGUGUAGGUGAAAAUAGUGCUGUUGCCGGUAUGGGUAACCCUGUCGCCCAUCCUAAUGUUGCCACGAUUCAGCAACACCAAAACAUCAAUGUCAACAUCACUAUGGCUACAACUGCAACUGUUGCUGUUGCCAGUGCCUCUGUGGCUAUGGGAGUGUCCGGUGGGAUCCAGGGAAGAGUUGGAUCUGCUUUGCUGCAAACAGUGAAUGCACCUGUCACAGCUGUUGCCAUGGCACCUGUACCCUCUACUUGGGCUCAACCUGCUCCAGCUCCAGCCCCUGCAGUGGCUACCACCAGCUCUCGCUUCAGGGUGGUGAAGCUAGAUUCCAGCUCUGAGCACUUCAAAAAGGGCAGAUGGACAUGUACUGAAUACUAUGACAAGGAGACACCUGCUUCUGCUCCAAGUUCUUCUGCAUCUGAAUCUACAUGUUUCAGCAUGCGCCCAAUGGUUCCUGAGAGUCUUGCUGGAGCCUCAGAGAGGGAGAGCACAGGUGGAAGUUCUGUGAGUAGCACUAUCAGCACAUUGAGCCAUUACAGUGAAAGCGUUUGCAGUGGAGAUGCUGGGGGACCCACAGUAAACCAACAUGUCCAGGAUUAUGCCUCCCCACCUCAGGGCUUUCAAGCAGUCCUCCCCACUGGAAUGGGAGUGUCUCAUAUCCAGCCUCACAUGCAUCCCCAGGAUGUUACGUCUGCACAUGUGAAGACUACAGCAGCCCCUUCUGGUCCUGCCGCCAUUCACCACCCUGUUCCCAUGUCAAGCCACCAGACCACCAUCGGGCUCCUUACCCCAGCUGUACACCAACAGCAACUAACCUAUGCUCAGGCAGUUGCUAAUCAACCCCCAGGCUCCACCCAGGGUGCACUGGGUGUUCAGCAGCAGAAAAUGGGCUACUCCAACAUGCCGCAACACCCUCCUGCUACCCUCCAAGCAGCUCCUUUGCAGGUGAGACAAUCUGAUUACACCCAGCCUCACCAAACAUUACUUCAGCCUGGUGCAUCUCAGGCUGUGGCCAAUCAAUCUGGAUCAGCUCCUUCAGGUCCAGGUAAUGGCGUAUGUCAGAUGAUGGGAGGUCCGCAGCAGUCACAACCCAGUAUGCACACACAGCCCCAGCACACCGCUUCCCUUCAGGGCACUUCUUCCACUAUGACCUCUAAUGUUGGAUCUGGAGGACUUGGCCAGCAGCCUCAGAGCCAUCUGGAUCGUCAGCAGCAGAAGCCACAGACACUCCCAACACAAAUUCAAAACCCCACCUUGGGCACCCAUCUGCCUAAUGUGGUCCAUCAGAGCCAGGGGACUGCAGCAAAUGUGGCUCCUCCAAAUCUUCAGAAUGAUCCCCAAGCCCACACUGUUGUUAACAGUGGUCGGAUGCCCCCGCAGGCUCUUCCCCAGAACCAGACUGCUUGUGUUGGCUUAUCCCAGGACCACACCAGUGCCCAAGCUGCGGCCCAUGCUGCUCAGACCACUGCCCUUUAUGCUAGUCUGCCCACCUUCACCACCACUCAGCUUGAGGAUGCCCAACGGCUACUUCUCCAACAUCAAUCAGCUUUGCUUGGGCUUCCCAAACUGUCCGGAGGAGAGGAUGGAUCAGCAUCCAGUGCUGGCCAGGUUCCAGAAGCUGCCACCAUCAGUGCCUUACCUGCAUCAGCUGGUCUUCUCAAGGCUGUAGAUGGAGAUGAGGAUAGUUCAUCGGGAGCCAGCGUUGUGGCCAUAGACAACAAGAUUGAACAAGCAAUGGAUCUGGUGAAGAGCCAUCUAAUGUAUGCGGUGCGUGAGGAGGUGGAGGUCCUCAAGGAGCAGAUCAAAGAACUAAUCGAGCGCAACUCUCAGUUGGAGCAGGAAAAUACCCUGCUAAAGACACUGGCUAGCCCAGAACAAAUGGCCCAGUUCCAGGCCCAGGUUCAGACCGGCUCCCCUCCUGCCGCCCCCACAGCUCCUACUUCGGCACCCCCAAGCACCGUUGCCCAGCCCACCUCCCACAGCUCUGGACCCUCAGCAUAGCCCAGUCUGCACAGACACACUGACAUUUCUUUAAUUCUGCUAUAGCAGCAGAGCUAAACCAUGCCUUCUGCAGCAGGAGGUUUGCUGUCAAGACAACAAUUUGCACAUGUUUAACUCGGAGGGAUGCAGCCAGUGGGACAGGUGGUGCAGUGAAGGGGUAGAAUUUGGAAAAGCUGUAUGAAGGGGUAGGGUGGGGGGGGGGGGGAUCGCCAAAUAACCUUUAGACAUAUCAAGUAGAAUGUCUUGGCAAAAUAAACAAGUCAUUUAAUCAGUGGUGGUGUUAAACUUGAGUAUAGAAAACAAAAAUCACUGUGCCUGUGUCUGGAUUUUAAGUGAUGUCGAUUUGACGGAUGGCGGUGGAGGAUUGUAUUGGUUUACCAUGCUUUUUGCUGAAUUAUGUAAAUAAAAUGUUCACACUUACAGCUAGAUGCUAAAGUUACAGGCUGAGAGGUGAGGAGAGCCUUCUCAGAGUGAACAAUGAAGAAUGUGAGCAUUUAUUAUGACAUCAUCCCCAUCUGGAAUGGGGGAGUGGUUAGGGGUGGGGUGGGAGGGAAGUGAUUUGAACACUGCUACACAGCAUUGAUAAUGUUGCUUAAAACUGGGCUGACGGGAUUAAAACUCAUUUUCUUAUGGAGAUAUAUUUUCAGUAUUUUGAUUUUCAAGCUCCUUAUUGUCAUCUGUGUUCUCUCUCAACCCUGCAGUGGCAUGUUUAUUAGAUAUGAUUUGACAGGAUUGAUGCAUUAAGCUGAUUGGCCUUUUUUUUUUUUUUUUUUUUUUGCUCUUUUUCCCUUAAAAGUUUGAUGGGCAGAUGUAUAUUUCUGUAUAGUGUAAGUACCAUGUAAAAUAGUGAGGAAAAGAAAAACAAUGGUAUCUAGGUCACACAGAUGGAAGCAGGUGAGUGGGGAACACGCUUUCUCUGCUCAGUCUGUGUUUUCUAUUUUUAAUGCUGUAUUUUCAGGAUUGUGGAUCUGCACACAUGUAGGUUAUGUAACUGAUGACAGUCAGCAGUGGUGUUCAUACUCCCUGCUACAACAUUAACUUCCUGUAAAAAACCUUAUUUUACUGACACAUUGCACCUUUUUUUUCCUGCUUUUUUCCGGUUCUUAGUUUCAACGGUGGGUACGUUUGGAUGAACAGUAACUUAAAACUCUGCAUUUAAUGAAAAACAAGCAUACCAACUCUGGAGACCCCCCCCCCCCACCACCUUUUUGUGUAUCAGUUGUAUGCUCAUGCUUUGUGCAUGUUUUCUCAGAUCUAAUGAGAAAUUGUAACAUACAUACCACAACUGCACUUCAGAGCUGCACUUCAUGAAUUUCAAUAAACAUGCUUAAAAGAAGAAAAA